AGCCGUUCUUGGGCGCCAGCGGGCAGCAGUGGCUUGUCAGCCCUAGAGCCAGCCAGCAGAAGCCAAGCUGCAGGACCAGGCUGCGCAGGAGCUCUGCGGCCGGCAGCACCAAGCUGGGUAGCGUUCUCACGUUUCUUUAAUACUUCUUUCUCUGAUUAAACACCUCUUUCCCCUUAGCCGACACAAGUUGGAAGAGCAGAGAGUGGUUCGAAUAAUUGGCACAGAGGUUUCAUUGAUGGCCCUUGAAGAAGUUCCGAGCAAGGCAUUCAUCGGCAUCCACGAGGAUAGAUGGGGCUAGCCCAGCUUCUGGCCCUGCUUCAGAUGGCCAGAGCCCUUUGCUCGCUGGCCUGAAGCCGCAGGAGGAGGUGCUGUGGACGUGAUGGCACUGUCCAAGUCCUGGACCAACAUAGCGUCGCUGGCUACGCAGUUCUCCUGACAAAGACUGGCACUUCCUUAGGAGCUUGGACUUUGGCAAUUUCAGCACUGAAAGUAUUUAGGCAGAUAGUAUUAACAUGUGACAAAGAAGUGGGGACUGCAUCAGACUCAUAUUCACUUGCCAGUUUUUUGAUUACUUCCUCCUGGCAGGACUGCCUUGCCAGGCCACAGGGAAAAGGAAACUCAUUCCUGAUAAACUUGAUGAAAGGGAGCUCUCUUGAUGAAAGGGAAAGGGAGCUCUCAUUUUCUUCAGAAAAGUUUCUUGUGGUACUCUUCUCUCCCUGCUGUACGUUUGUCUUCUAUUCUGGGACGUACUACACCAAACUACCAUUGCUUCACAUAGAAGUCAAGAAAAUGGACUUUGAGGUCUGAUACCCCCUGUGGCUCAGAGAUCUUAAGUUACAGCCACCAUGAUGGAUGAUGACACUGAGUUGAGGACUGAUGGAAACUCUCUCUUAAAAGCCGUGUGGCUUGGGAGGCUUCGGCUGACCAGACUCCUUUUGGAAGGGGGAGCUUACAUCAAUGAAAGCAACGACAAAGGUGAAACGGCUCUCAUGGUGGCCUGCAUUACUAAACAUGUGGACCAGCAAAGCAUUAGCAAGUCUAAGAUGGUGAAGUAUCUGUUGGACAAUAGGGCAGACCCUAAUAUUCAAGAUAAGUCUGGCAAGACUGCACUCAUCCACGCUUGCAUCAGACGGGCCGGGGGAGAAGUGGUGUCCUUACUGCUAGAGAAUGGAGCAGACCCCAGCCUUGAGGAUCGAACUGGGGCUUCAGCUCUGGUUUAUGCAAUAAAUGCAGAUGACAAGGAUGCACUGAAGCAUCUCCUUGAUGCCUGCAAAGCCAAAGGUAAGGAAGUGAUUAUUAUAACAACAGACAAAUCAUCUUCCGGCACCAAAACCACCAAGCAGUAUCUGAAUGUCCCUCCUUCACCCAAAGUGGAAGAUAGACAGUCGCCACCACUAUGUGCGUCUCCUUCCGACAUUGAACUGAAGGCUCCUGGCCUGGGCUCUUCACCCACUGAGAAGGAUGAUGACUUCUUCACUCUUCAUACAGGACACCAAAGUGGCUGUAGUACUUCUAAGGUCCUUAAUGAGCCUGGAUCACCCACAAGGAAAGUGUCUAGUCUCAAAAGGGCCCGUUUGCCCCAACUGAAGAGGCUCCAGUCUGAACCCUGGGGCUUGAUAGCUCCCUCUGUGCUGGCAGCCUCCACACGCCAGGAUGAAACCCACGGGACAAGCACAGACAAUGAGGUUAUCAGGAGCAUCAAUGACAUGUCCUUCCCUAAAAGAGGGCCCCUCUCCAGAGCCAACAGCAUUGACAGUAAAGACCCUACUCUCUUCCCCACAGUCCAGGAACAAGUUUUGAAGGUUCCAGCUUCAGCACCAGCUUCCUGGAAAGCAGCUUACGAGAAAGGCCAGGCUUCCCACCCCCGUAUGGUCAGGAGAGGAACGCUUCCCGUUGACCAAGAGAAGGGUGGGAUGUGUCCACCAGGAUCCUCAGCUCUGAAAGAUCCAGCAUCUCUCAAGCUGUUGGAAAAUGACCUCUAUGACUUAGAUGUACAGUCAGGGGCUGACCCACCCAACUCCAUGUCCCUUGAGUCAGGCAAAGGACCUUUAGAUAGAAAGAAGCUCAACAGUUCUCACUUGUCCCUUUUCCAUGGCUCUCGGGAGUCCCUGGAUGCUGUACCCAGCACAUCUCCCAGCUCAGUGCGCCGCAGGCCACCUCAUCUUCUAGAAAGAAGAGGUUCUGGAACUCUCUUGCUAGACCGCAUUGCUCACACGAGGCCUGGCUUUCUGCCCCCUUUAAAUGUGAAUUUAAACCCACCUAUCCCGGAUAUUAGAGCCAACAGCAAGCCAGCUUCCCCACUUGCUAGUGGCUUAAAAUCUAUGGUUCCCGUUGCUCCAAAUUCACCAAAGAGAGUUGACUUGAGAAGUAAAAAGAAACUCCUUCGAAGGCAUUCUAUGCAGAUCGAACAGAUGAAGCAGCUGUCUGACUUUGAAGAGAUCAUGACCUAGGCCCCAUUUAAAACAGUUCCCGCCUCCAUCUCUAAUCUGUAGAACAAGAAAGGAAUCAAGGUUAAGCAACAAAGUCCCACAGCCCCCUUUCACCCGGUCAUGGCGUGUGGCAACAUCAGAAAACAUGGUGACAGAGUGUAGCUUCACUUCUGAGACAAACCCAAGGGUUAUUUCAGAGCGCCACUUCUGAGAUAACCCCUGGGUGGUGGUGUUGCUGCUGCUGUUGUUUUGCAUUCUCAAAAGAGCUCAGAUUAAUUGGAUUUUGGAGAAGUAACAGGAAUAAAAAAAUAUUCUCCUAAGGAAAUACACCAUUGUAGUUGGAAGGUAACCAUGCAAGGGUAAGGGUUGGUAUUUUUCUGCCAGAAAAGCAGAGAACAUAAAUUUAAAAUGUGAGAUUGUAUCUGGACUAUGUCAUUUGUAAUCUGUAAAGUGCCUAAAAAGAAAAGGAAGCUUUCAAAAUUUCCUGGAAUGUGGAAAAAUUAAAAAACACCUCCAAACUGCUAUAUCUGAACAUCUUCUCUAGGGUGAAGGAGAAGCAAAGUGUUCCCGCAUAGAGGAGGUUUUGGCAUGUGGGUCCCGCCUCUUGCUGUGCUGUGAGCAUUGUCAAGAA